AUGGCCUCCACAAACUUCGACCUCGAAGACCAGAAAUAUCUGGAAGAUGUCAACGCCGUCAAGCAAUGGUGGACUGACUCACGAUGGCGAUAUACCAAGCGCCCCUUUACAGCUGAGCAGAUUGUUGCGAAGCGUGGUACACUCAAGAUUGAGUAUCCGUCUAAUACACAAGCUAAGAAGCUAUGGAAGAUUCUUGAGGAGAGAUUCAACGAUAAAACCGUUAGCUACACAUACGGUUGCUUGGAACCCACUAUGCUUACACAGAUGAUCAAAUACCUCGACACCAUCUAUGUCUCUGGAUGGCAAAGCUCGUCCACCGCAUCGUCCACAGAUGAGCCCUCUCCUGAUCUCGCAGAUUACCCCAUGAACACCGUCCCCAAUAAAGUCAACCAAUUGUUUAUGGCCCAACUCUUCCACGACCGAAAACAGCGCGAAGAGCGCAUAACCACCCCCCGCGAGAAGCGCAGCUCGGUGCAAAACUACGAUUACCUACGACCCAUCAUCGCCGAUGCUGAUACGGGACAUGGCGGCCUCACUGCUGUUAUGAAGCUAACCAAACUUUUUGUUGAACGUGGUGCGGCUGGCAUACAUAUUGAGGAUCAGGCGCCGGGCACCAAGAAGUGUGGUCAUAUGGCUGGCAAGGUCUUGGUGCCGAUUAGUGAACAUAUUAAUCGUUUAGUUGCCAUUCGCGCCCAGGCUGAUAUCAUGGGUACCGACCUCCUUGCCAUUGCACGUACCGACUCCGAAGCUGCUACUCUCAUCACUUCUACCAUCGACUACCGCGACCACGCCUACUUACUCGGAUCUACCAACCCCAGCCUCCAACCUCUUAAUGACCUGAUGGUUGCUGCCGAACAGUCCGGCAAAUCCGGUGAACAACUCCAAGCCAUCGAAGACUCAUGGAUCGCUCAAGCCGGCAUCAAGAAAUUUGACGACGCCGUGAUCGACACCAUCAACCAAGGCAGCUUUGCCAAUAAGAAAGAACUCAUCAACAGGUACCUCACAGCUGCCAAGGGCAAGAGCAACUCUGAAGCCCGUGCAAUUGCCAAGGGAAUCACCGGUAUGGAUAUUUACUGGAACUGGGAUGCGCCCCGAACCCGAGAGGGUUUCUAUAGGUACCAGGGUGGUACGCAAUGCGCCGUCAACCGUGCCGUCGCUUAUGCACCAUUCGCCGAUCUGAUUUGGAUGGAGAGCAAGCUUCCUGAUUACAAGCAAGCCAAGGAGUUUGCUGAUGGUGUGCAUGCCGUCUGGCCCGAGCAAAAACUAGCAUAUAACCUCUCACCAUCCUUCAACUGGAAAGCCGCCAUGUCCAAAGAAGAACAACUAACAUACAUCGAGCGCCUCGGCAAGCUUGGAUACUGCUGGCAAUUCAUUACCCUGGCCGGCCUGCACAGCACAGCCCUAAUCUCCGAUCAAUUCGCAUCUGCCUACGCCAAACAAGGUAUGCGCGCAUACGGCGAGCUUAUCCAAGAACCCGAGAUGGAGCGCAAGGUCGACAUUGUCACGCAUCAGAAAUGGAGUGGUGCGAACCUGAUUGAUCAUAGUCUUGCUAUGGUGACGGGUGGUAUUAGCAGUACUGCUGCGAUGGGUAAAGGUGUUACUGAGGAUCAGUUCAAGUCGUAA